GUUAGUUUGAGAUUGCCAUCAUCUUAUUCCUCCGGGGCUGUAGACUCCAAUCGAACAGUUUAUACUUAGGUAGUUCAGAUUCUUUGUGAUCGCGGUCUAGUCGAGACGUCCGGUUGUUCCUGGGUUGAUCUGGUGCUUUUCUGUUUAGAAGCCGCACGAUAAACCAGCAGCAAACCAAGUUUACAUCUCGAUCUCGAUCGGUGUGCUUUGCAAGAGAUUCAAGUGCGAUAAUUUCAUCUUGGUGAUUCGCGAUCUCAAGAAUGGGGGUGGACAGUGAAAAACCUUUAAAAACUAGUGCCGAGGAUAUGGGUACCAAUCCGGUGAAUGUGGAAGAGGAGAUACGGGAUCUGACCAAGUGGGAAAAGUUCUGUCUGCGCCAUGGAAUUAAUCCCAACCUGAUUAUGCUCAAGAUCACGCUGUUUGUUAUGUAUGGAGCUACAUCCUCGCUGCUGCCCUAUUUGACCAUUCACAUGCAGAGCACCGGACUGACGGUUGAGGAAAUAGCCAUCAUCUACCUGGCCCUGCCAUUCACGACCUUCCUCAGCCCGCCGAUUACCGGAUUUCUGGUGGACAAGUUUGGCCGCUACAAACCGGUGGUGAUUAUGAGCCUGCUGCUGAACGCCCUCUUCCAUCACUCGCUGCUGCUGAUUCCGCAGCAGGAAAUCCCCGGCAAGGUACCGGAAGCGUACGUAAUGAGACAUCCGGAGACGGGAAAUGUUGAGGUCUGGUGGUCUCCCUGUCCGAGUCGUGAAUGUCCCGAGGAAGAGGAAAUUGACAUAGCCGUGGACCAAUGUUUGGAUCAUUGUUUGCUACUGGAGCAGGACCCCAAAAUAGAGAUAGUUCCACCGCCGACGUUUGCCCCCAUUCUACCUCCAGCCGUGGGUGACGUGGCCGGCGAUGAGAUGGAACUGUACAUCAACAAGAAGAUCAACCGGAAGAACAAGACCUCACUGGACAUUUCGUUGAGUAGUUCGAGCACCACCGAGCUGUAUCUGGAUAAACAAAUUUUAAGUAAAGACCCAGAUUCUUCGGAGGAGAGUGAGGAAAGUUGGGUGCUUGCGGGAAGUGGAGAUUCGGCCUAUUUUGUGCUGGACAUGCACCCGGAUUUGGGUGAGCCAAUCGAGCAGCUGGGAAUGGAAGUUGAACAUGAUGACAACGAAACCGUUACGGAUUUUAAAACCCGAUUUGGGGAAAAGCUUCUUUGGAAACAGGGUGUCAACGUUACGGCUCUGGAGGAGGAAGAUCUCCGUUGUGGAGGAAUUGUGUUGUCUUCCAAUAUGUCACUGAACAGUAACAUAAAAUUGAGUGAACUCGCGGCAGAUUGUAUGGUACAAAGAUGCCGUUUCCGUAAGAAUGGUCCCGAUAUAUGCCCACCGGAUUACAAGGAAAGUGAUGAUAAGGUUUUCUGGAUCUACUUUGGCUUGCGGUUCCUGGCAACAACUAUGCUGUCAGCUGGUGUUACAAUCAUGGAUCCUAUUGCCCUGACUAUGAUUGAAAAGUACGGAGGAGAUUUUGGUCGGGAGCGUCUUUUCUCCAGUAUAGGAAUGGCCAUCUUCUCCCCAAUCACCGGUAUAAUGAUUGACUUCUUCUCGAGAGAUCUCGGCUACACGGAUUACUCGGCUGCCUUCUACACAUACGAUAUCCUGUUGGUGAUUUCAUCGAUAUCAGUGUUUAUGAUGCCGCUGGGAGAAAAACUACCGGCAGACAAUGUGUUCAAGGAUCUGCUCAAUCUACUUAAGCUGAAGCAUGUGAUCAUCUUCAUUUGGUUCCUGUUUUUGUUGGGCAAUUUCUGGGGCUUUAUCGAAAGUUUCCUGUUCCUAUAUCUUAAAGAGUUGGGAGCUCCCAAUUAUCUGCUUGGUAUUACAAUCACUGUGGGUACGGUGAGCAGUAUUCCAUUUUUGUACGGAGCAGGUCGAAUUACCAAAUUUAUCGGACAUGUCAACCUGAUUGUGAUAGCCUUCAUUGCUCACGCUUGCCGUCUAGUGGGGUAUUCGUUGAUUGAAAACGCCUGGUGGUGUUUCCCAUUCGAGGCGAUGGAAGCCCUCUCCUGUCAUCUGAUGUGGGUAGCAGCGGCCACCUAUUGCGCCCUGUUGGCACCGAAAAAUCUGCUAGCCACCCUGAUCGGUGUGCUCGGAAUGGCUCACUUCAGCUUGGGUCGAGGAAGCGGAUCCUUCUUUGGAGGGUUUCUAAUUGGCGAAGUUGGCACUCGGGAAGCAUUCCGGUACAUGGGAUUAGUUGCAGUCGCCGGAGGGCUGGCGUACAAGUUUAUCCACGCCAUCUGGCUGCGAAAGUACGAUAAUCCGGAGGCGGAAGAGGAAGACACCGAGAAUGGUGAAGCGGAAAAACUAACCGAGGAGCCAAAAACGAAGGACCAAGGCACUUGGAUGUCUCAAGAGCGACUCACGCUGAUGAUCAAAUACAACCAGAUUGGCUCACUAACUUCACUUCCGCGCGGUUCAAGGGGUGACGUAACGGAUUCGCUGUCCAGACGCCGCAGCAGCUACAACAUCGAGUACGUGCGCGCUCCCAAAGGGGGAGGAAGUGCCUCCAAGGUUGACCUGCUGAAAUCGGCCCUGGAAAUCAACCACAAAGUCUCGCAGCCUCACCUGCUCCGGAAGGACGGCAAGGCGUCGGAUCAGUCGCUGAACUCCAAGAGGGCAGACAGCGCCCCCCGGUUGAACCCUUCGAAGAACAUUUCGCAACCGGCACUCAGUUCCGUGGCUGACGAGGUCGGCGCUCCGUGUGUUCUGAGCCGUCACCGGAAGAAACAUCACCAGAGUGGGAUUUUGGUGUUGAGAGCCACCAGCCAGGAUGGAGAUCUGGAUCUGAGGAAUUAUUUGCGGGAAAAUGAUCAUCGUGAAUCGCUGACAGAGCUGGAGUCGGAGCACUACAAAUCGGAACUGGCCAAACAGGCGAGGGCGCACAUCCUGAACGACAUUCCGGAACGACCGGUGGAACCAAGCGAUCUGAUGACCAGCAGCACCAUCGAUAGCAGUGCCCCGAAUACUCCGGCCAAUGGUCCGCCGGAUGUUGUGGUCAAUGUUGAAGCCAAAGAGGAACCCAAACCCAGCAUACCGAACAAUCAGAAUGGUAAAAACGAUACCUGAUAGUAGGUUUGCCGCAGAGACGGACACAGUUUUUGGGGUACCUGUACGCAGAUGUUUAACGUCUUUUACUUUCUUCUUGCUUUAGCACUUUAAACGUCGAUUGUUUUUGUUAUCCUUGUUUUGCAGAAUUUAGUGAUAUUAAUUUCAUCGAAUAAUAAAAUGCAUUUUAAUACGCUCGA